GUUUUGUUUGCCUCGAAUUUGAUGGAAGCCACAACAGCAACGAAUUUUCCUAGUUCCUUUCGCAACAAUAAUUGGUUUACCGAGAAUCAUCAUCCGAUAGAUAACGGUUCCGGGAGUUUCCCGCGGAUAGUCAGUCGCCGCCUAAACAAAACCAAUCGGAACCCUUUGUGUAACGGAGGCAUUCCCCCGCAUCCUUAUCAGCAUCUCUCCGUCUGGUAAUGAGAAAGGUCUUCCUGCUGAGCCGCUCACGGGAUUGAACUAGUUUUUAUUUCGCAAGCACCUACACCUCUCAACACUCAGCGCCAUGCUAGAAAUACAUUGCUCCGGGACGCCAUAUGAGAUUGGCCUGAAACACGGCCUAGAGGCACGAGACCGUGUUCGGGGGUCUCUUGCCUUUUACAGCGGUCUUUUCAAGACUACCUGCGCCAUGGACUGGCCAAGUGUUUGUGAGGAAGCAUCAAAGUAUGUGGUGACACUUGAAAAGCUGUGCCCCAGGUACUUUGAGGAAAUUCGCGGGAUCGCAGACGGCGCUGAGGUUGGACUGCUGGAUGUCGUCGCCCUCAACGUUCGGACUGAGAUCAAUUUCGGACUAUUCACCAAGCAACCUUCUUUACCCAUUCAAAGCGAUGGCUGUACCAGCUUGGCCGUGAAGACAUCAGCAGAUGGCUCGUGGUUAGCUCAAAACUGGGACUGGAUGGUUGAGCAAAGCUCGAAUCUCAUCGCCUGCCACAUCACUCAACCUGAGCUUCCCAAGAUAUUUAUGAUAACCGAGGCCGGCAUUAUUGGCAAGAUUGGCUUCAACAGCGCCGGAGUGGGGGUGUGUCUUAAUGCAAUCCGGGCUUAUGGUGUUGACCAAACGAAACUACCUAUUCACCUGGCGCUGCGCAUCGUUCUUGAGUCUGGCUCGAAGGACGAAGGAAUCGACAAGCUCGCCAAGACAGGUGUUGCCGGCAGUGGUCACAUUCUAGUGGCGGAUCCUACCGGUGGGACGGGACUUGAAUGCACAAGCAAGGCCAUUCUAAAGAUUCCAAUCGAUGAACAGGGCCUUAUCGUUCACUCCAACCACUUGCUUCUGGAACAUCCUGGCGUUGUUGAGCCGCCGUGGCUUCAAGAUUCACACAAAAGAGUGGUUCGACUGAGAGCACUUGCGGAGAAGCAGAUUGCAGGGGGCGGUGCUGUUAGCACGCCCCAAUUAUUUGAUCUCUUCAAAGACCAGGAGGGGUAUCCAGGGUCCAUCAACCGACAUCAGGUACAGGAUUGCAAGACACAGACUCUGUUCAACAUCAUCAUGGAUCUAUCCGGAAAGCGAGCAACCGUCACGUUUGGCCGUCCCACGGAGAAUGGCGAGCGGAUAGAGUUUAGCUUUUAGCGAGGCUCUUCGCUGGCUAUCGCAUCCGAAUAUUAGCGGUGUUAAGCUCACGAUGCUGGCGAACAGCGGCUCUGAUGAGACCUCGGUCUCCAAAGGUGCCAUUAUCUCAAGUUCAUAUCGGUCAAAUCAAUAGUGAUAAUUUCUGAGGCUGCGCCUGACUUGCUGGGAACGUAGUGAAUU